AAGCUAUCCCAGCUCCUCCGCACCACCGCAAACACGCCUCAUUCAAGCACAACUUAUUCAAGCACAAUGUCGCGCGUACCGGCCGCGAAGAAGCGACGUCUCUCUCCUCCGGAAUCCGCCCCCUCGGACUCGUCGCCGCCGCCUCCAUCCCAUAAAUACAAGUCGAGUUUUCUUGCCAAUGCUGCAAAGUGGGAUCUCGAGCAGGACUACGAACAGCGACCUAGGAAGAUAAAAAAGCGGAAAGAGAAUAGCAAAUUACUAGUUCGGACAUCAGAGGGAUGGGUGGCACCGCCGACAGUGCCAGAGGAGAGGGAGGAGGAUGGAUCGGACAGCUUUCUGGGGACGGAGAGUGAGGGGGAAAUAGAAGACCAGGAAGAAGCCGUGGAGGAGAAGCCGAAGGUCCCACCACGGCAACAGAUACUUGAGGCAAAAGAAGAGCUUGCACGGAUAGCGAGCCUAGUCAAUGAGGACCCGGAAGAGCAUAUCGGGGCGUUGAAGACGCUGGCAGGCCUCGCCGCUUCGGAGAACACCACGGUCCGGAAACUAGCCAUAGCAACGCAGGCGGCCGUCUUCAAAGAUCUGAUACCCGGCUAUCGCAUACGGCCACUCUCCGAAGAGGCCAUGGGUGAGAAGGUGUCGAAGGAGGUACGGAAACUGCGCGAUUUUGAGCAGAAGCUUGUGUCAGGCUAUCAGAAAUACGUACAAGAGCUGGGCACAUUGGCAAAGUUGAGUGGGUCUGGAGCACCCGAGCAGUCAGCCAGUCUGGCGUCGGUCGCAAUUGCCUGUGCAUGCAAUAUGCUGCUUGCGGUACCGCACUUCAACUUUCGCAGCGAAUUGCUAAAAAUCUUGGUCGGCAAGCUGAGUACGACGCGCGUGGAUGUGGAUUUUGUGAAGUGCAGAGAGACGAUGGAAAAGCUAUUUCACGACGACGAAGACGGCAAUGCUUCGCUUGAAACAGUCACCAUGUUGACGAAGAUGAUGAAGGCCAAGAACUACAACCUUGAUGAAAGCGUCCUGAAUAUAUUCCUCCAUCUUAGGCUACUUGCCGGGUUCUCAUCCAGGGCUUCAUACAACUCCGUGGACAAGUCGGACGAGCACCAGGGCAAGAAGAUCAAGCAAAAGCGCGAAUUCCGGACGAAGAGACAGCGCAAAUUACUAAAGCAGAGCAAGGAAAUCGAGAAGGAAAUGAAGGAGGCAGAUGCGGCUGUCAGCCAUGAAGAGCGUGACAGAAUGCAAGCAGAAACGCUCAAGAUGGUCUUCGUUGCCUACUUUCGGAUCCUGAAAGCGCGCUCGCCGAAGCUCAUGGGAGCUGUCCUGGAAGGAUUGGCCAAAUAUGCCCAUCUCAUCAAUCAGGACUUCUUUGGUGAUAUCCUGGAAGCACUCAGAGAUAUCAUCAGCACGGCUGAAACGUCGGGAGAUGCCGAAGCCGAUGGAGACGCCGAAUCGGACAGAUAUGAAGACAACGAGUUGCCGGAGAGAAACCUCACCCGGGAGUCAUUACUUUGUGUUAUCACUGCGUUUGCCCUGCUUCAAGGCCAGGACGGCGCUACCGCGGCGUCGACGCUCAAGCUGGACCUGAGUUUCUUCAUCACGCAUCUUUACCGGACACUUCACGCUGUUUCGCUCAACCCGGACAUCGAGCGCAGCGCUAAAUCUUUGCACCUUCCCGAUCCUCAUGCAUCUCAAGCGCAAACACAGCCGGAAGCGACCAACAAGAUCAAUGUGCAGACAACCAUCGUAUUGCUCAUCCGGUCCCUGUCUUCCAUCCUUCUACCUCCCACAGCACUUCGUGCCGUACCUCCACUCAGGAUCGCCGCAUUCUGCAAACAACUAAUGAUAAUCUCGCUGCAGCUACCAGAGAAGUCUUGCAUUGCAAUGCUCGGCCUGCUUAACAGGGUGACGAAUACUCAUGGCCGCAAAGUUUCUGCCCUUUGGAAUACCGAAGAGCGAAGAGGCGACGGAAUUUUCGACGCGCUAAAACCAGAAAUCGAGGGUAGCAAUCCAUUGGCGGGGACGGUAUGGGAAGGCGAGAUUCUGCGGAGGCAUUAUUGUCCUACAAUUCGAGAGGCUGUGGCGGGCAUAGAGAAGAACGUCAUGGCGGCCAGAUGAGUUGCGGUAGCACAAUAUUCGAAUUCAGUCUGCGAAAUGGAGGAUUCCUACUCGUAUUUCCACAAUUCACGUUCGACUUCGGCACUGCA